AAAAUAGAAAAAUAUUGAAAAAAAAGUUCAUGCAAUGAUUGUAUCUUUAUGCCUAUUCUAAAUCACAACUGGAUGCUGUCCAUUUUCACAACCAAUUCGAGGGUCCAGCCAUUCUACUAAGAUGUAUGGAGCAGAGAUAGACUUGGAGUCGAAUAGUUUAUGUCUGAUAGACAGUGCCAUUACCAGUCUACAAGAUGUUCCCCUUAGACCACACCUGACCAAUCUCAACCUCCAUUCUAACCACAUAGAAAGAAUAGAGAAACUCUCUCAUUUAACAUUAUUAAAACAUUUAGAUUUGUCUUCAAAUCAAAUCUCAAGAAUAGAAGGACUCAAUGGACUAGUGUCGUUAAAAAGUCUAAACCUUGCGUGUAAUCACAUCUCAAGAGUUGAGGGAUUGGAGCGUCUAAACAAUCUUGAAAGACUUAAUUUAUCAUACAACAAUCUAACAGACAUAACAUGUCUUCAAUUAAUGUAUGAACCCCAAUAUAAACUUUCACAUAUUGAUCUCCAUGGCAACAACAUCCAGUCAAUUGACAUGGUAACACAGAGUUUAGCAGGAUGUACAUCACUACGCCACCUUUACCUACAGUAUGAAUCUGCUGAUAAUCCAGUAUGUUAUGUUCCCAAUUACCAUAAACAUGUCAUGACUGUCUUGCCUCAGCUGAUCUCGCUUGAUGGCUUAGAUCAACAUGAGCGACCAAUGGCUGUCACCGUCGACAAUGUAUUAGCAGAUAUCCCAGGAAUUGAAGAUUUUAUGGAUGUGUUAAAACCACCAUCCAGUACAGAUGCAAAGGAUGUCAUAAAACUAGCAACUCCUAAUAUCGACACAGUUCUUGAGAAGUUUCGUUCUCGUGGUGCAUCAACUCCAGAGUUAACAAGCAAUACAUCUUUUGGAAAUACCACAUCCUCUGUUACUUCUGAUGGUAGAGGUCUAUCAGGUGCUACAACAUCAAGUUCAAACGAUCUCAUUCAUACACCACCAGAAAAACUAAAGAAAACUGAUCAUGAAGAAAGACUGGAAAAACUAGAGCAGCAACUUGCUGAAUAUCUGACAUCUAAUGAUAAGAAAGGUAUUGAGUCAGCAGAAGAAAAAACCAAAAAGUCUAAUACAAUUGAGAAAAGACCAGUAAGGAGUAGAUAUGUAGCAAAAAGAGAUUGUGAUGUCACAGAUGAAAGUGAUGUUGAUAGUGCACAGAGUCAAAGAACUUUGAAAAACAAAAAGACAACUGGCAUUCCCAGUCUACAAAAAGGUGGUAGAGGUAGUCAAAGAACAGCCAAACCAACUCAAUCUAUGAGCGAACCUCAAUAUAAUACAAGACAACCAAAUAAAUACACAAAUGGACCCCAACAAAAUAAAAGACAACCAAUUAGCACAAAAGUAAACACAAUGGAUUCACCAUCAGCAAUAGCUCAAGAUGACCAACAGCGCAGAGAUAUUGAAGACACAUAUGUACAGCUCAUGAAGGAAGUUGAAAGUGAAAGAGAAAGAAGGUGGAAGGCAGAACAAGCUGCAAGGAAACUUGUAGAGCAUAUACAGAAGCUACAAACAUCAGCAAAGGAAGAACAUGACGUACAGGAUAUUGCCAUUCAAGCCACUACAAGACUCAAACAUGCACUCACCAAUGAGAGAGAAGCAAAACUGAGACUUCAAGAUGACCUAGAUGCAACUAAAAAGCAAUUAGAAGAUGUUUCAGAACAACUUAAAGCAAGCCAGAAACACGAGGAAGAACAAAGAAGGGCAUUAAGAGCUUUAGAGACAACAUCAGUGCAAUUUGAGACAAAGAGAAUACAAGAGUCAUCGGAGCAAGCCAAGAAGGUUCAACAGGCACAGUUACAGAACAGUGCUACACAGAGGGAAGCUGAACUACUGCGAACAUCAGUCAAAUCACUUAAAGGACAAUUACAGCAGAUGCAAGAACUAUUGGCUGAUAGAGAACAGGAACACAGGAAGGAGCUGUCACAAAGAUACAGUCUUGGAAGCCCAGAGCUACAGGGUCUUAUAAGCAAAGAGGUCGCCAGAGUAGAAUCCAGACACAUACAAGAACUGCAAGCCAAUCAGAACAAGAUCGCCAACCUAACACAGCAGUAUAAUGAGCUGGAAGAUGAGUUUAGGAUGGGCCUACAAGUAGAGGCAAACAGAUUCAAUGAGCUACAAACAGCAUACAAAGCAUCAAGUACAGAAGCAGCAGAGAACAGACAAGCUUUAGUUGCUGCACAGAAAAAGGAUGAAAAGACAAGUAAUAUUGUAACAGAGCUGACUGCAUUGGUAAAAGAGCAAAAAGCAAGGAUAACUGAACUGGCUAAGACUAAACAGGAGCAGGUUGCUGAUAUGAAAGAACGCCUUAAUCAGCAGGAUGCCCAUUUGGAAGAGGCUAGGAAGAGACUGUCGCAAAUGGAAUUUCUGAAACAGGAAAAUAAAAAGUUGGUUUCAAAGAACCAUGCUUUAGAGUCAGUCAUAGAAGGUCUGAGAUCAGAAAGAAAACUAUGGAGUGAGGAAUUAGCUCAACAGGGGUCAUCACUUGCCCAGGAUAGAGGGCGCUUGGAGUCAAAGAUAGAGGCUCUUACACAGGAAACGCAAACACUCAGGAAACAGUUAGAUAGAGAAGUAGAUGGGAUGAAAAUCAAAUCAAAAAUGAUAGAUGACCAGACUGAAACUAUAAGAAAACUCAAAGAGGGACUUUCAGAGAGGGAUAACGAUGUUAAAAAGGCACGUGAAGAAAGCCUUAAGAUUCAACAAGAUCUCGAAGCACAACUAGCUGAGGAGAGCACUGCGUACCAAGAUGCCCAAAACACAAUAGAAAAGCUACAGCAGAGGAAAGAAGACCUUAAGGAACAACUUAUGGAGCUCCAGGCCCAGUUGGAAGAUUCACAAAAGGCACAUGGGAUACUCAACAAGAAGUGGACUGACAAGUCUUCCUUGAUUGGGAGACUAGAGGAACAGGUGCAAGGAAUGAAGACUACAUGGGAGAAUAAGGAGAAGACUCUUACAGAGGAGAGAGACAAGGCUGUACAAGCAGCUGAAUCUGCAGUUGAAAAGUUGAAAUCAUUGGACAAUGCAUUCCGUAAACAACUUGAUGCCAAGGAAUCUAGUCACCAGAUCGAACUUGAUAAACUGACCAAUCAGAAGCAAGAAGAGCUUAAUGAGGCAUAUCGCCGCAUAAUGGAGGUUGAGGAUGAAAUGCGAGCACUUCUAGCUGAGAAUGAAUCUAAUAAGAAAGCAAUGGACGACAGGAUUAGGAAAUUGACUCAAGGUUUUACUGAGCUCCAACAAGACCUCAUUAGAUGAUACUGGGCUAGUAAUAAAUGUGAUACUUAGGCAAUAAUAAUAGAUUGAAGUGAAUAUACAGUUUACAAUACUAUCAGGAUUGUUCCUCUUUAGAACGAUUUUUGCAAAUGAUCUCUCAAAUACCAGCUAGAGUUGGCCAGGAUUGU